AUGGAAAGCGGGGGAGCGGGAAACCUUACUCAAGGGCCUGGUGAAGGAAACAACGAUGUAAAGACGGAUGCUGGCACAAAAGAAGCUGAGCUUUCGUCGAAACCCAAGGAAGGCAUCACAAGAUUUACAAGUAAUGUCGACGGCAAUAAAAAUGGAAUAAAUGGAGCGAAGGAAAAUGGCAACAAUGGUCAAACACAAAUCGUCCAGCCCUUACAGCCCCAGUUUAGCACCCGUAUAAAGACACCGUACAGUGUUAUCUGGCUUCCUUCAGGCGAUCCACACCAGUCGCUAUUUCGAAAUUAUAACUUCAAACGGGAAUUCCAAAGAAACGUACCUGUAGCUGAGGCUUUUCUACCUCCCUGGUGCAUGAUCCUCAGAUUAGAAACCAUUGCCUGUUUUAGAACAGCAGAAAUAUUGUUAUCCGUGUCUCGUCAACACAAAGUUGAUGUUGAUCGCUUAACCGCUAUACUCGAAUCUAUUUGUAUUAGUAUAACGGAAGAAGAGUUAUACGCGGCUAUGAAAUUCUAUUUCCGUUCUCGUAAGAAGAAGACAUACGCAGAUUUUCUUUUUCAUCUUGCAGAAGAUGAGAGAUCCGAAAAACGAGCCCUAAAAGGCAAGUUCAACACUAGAGAGAGCAUCUUCUAUACGGCCAUUGUCUUUUUGCACCUUGAGAACUUCAAAUCAACUUUCAUGAUAGACAAUGCACAAACUAUCUUCACCCAGAUACCACGUGUCGUGAAAAAGAUUCUUUCGAAAACCUGUGACUCACCUGAAGCUAUUGUAGAAUGUUACAUAUUGCUCCUCAAAGCCUCUUGCUCACCGUAUAUAUGGCCAGUUCCAAAAUGGAACAUCGAUUUUUCUAUAGUUGAAGAAAAUCUCAGAAUGAAACUAGGUUUCGACCCACCACUGAUGUUGCCCCCUACUUAUAAGAAAGGCCACAGACCGGUACCCACUACGAGGAAGGCGAGGAGGAGAAGAGGAGACCAAUCAUCAUCAGUUUAUAGCUGGAACCAUGAAAGAGAUAUCAGCAACAAAAUACCUUGGUUCCCUCCCGAGGAAUCCAUGUAUGGCACCGCCAGGGACGACACAACAUCAACAAAGACACUGAUUAUUAUGAAAAGGUAAAUAUGCAAUG